AUGGCGACCCAGUUUCAGACAAAAGAUAUAGGAGGGUACGCAUAUACUCGACCUCGAGGUCCAAUCGCAGCCCAGUAUAACAGCCCUGGGCCUUGCUAUAUGCUUCCGACUUUAGUAGGGCAACCAAAACAUGACUUCCGCAGUGUUCACCCCAAGAAGCCUGCAUGGGAUGACUGCAGCCCAGGACCCUGUUACCUACCACAAGACAAGUACUAUCGAACUGGUCCUGAUGGAGCACCUCGGUUUUCCUUGUACGGCCGGCCCAGAGAUCUAACUACAUAUAAGACUCCAGGACCUGGGGCUUACAAACCUGAAAGUGCCGGAAAUCUUUACGGCCCUUCUCCACCUAAAUUUAGCUUUGGGGCUCGCCAUCAAUACCGAAAGACGGAUGACAUCCCAGGUCCUAACCAAUACACUCUGCCAAACAUGACUGGCAAAACAGUGGAGUCACAUAAAAAGUCUUCCCCAAACUUUACUUUGGUUGGGCGCUCCAAACAGGGUGGUUUUGAUGAGGAUCUGUCUAGGACACCAGGACCUGGUGCUUACAAAGUGACACCUACAACUAUUUAUAAGAAUGCACCACCGCAGAUCAGCAUCAGCAGUCGAAACCCCAUGCCUGGAGACAACACACAAAAACCUGGACCUGGAGCUCACAGUCCUGAGAAUCUUUACCUGACCAGACAGUCAGCUCAUGGCUUCACUUUUGGCUUCCGCCACUCUCCGUACAAGGCUACCUGUAUGGACUCACGGAUAGAAGACUGA